UUUAUAUACAUGUAUAUAUAUUUGUUUGAGAAUUUCACCUUUCUUGAAUAACAUACACAUAAGCACGAGUCGCCUUGGCGAAUUAAGAAUUCACAGUGUAAUAUUCGUUUUGAGAUACUCAACACAUAUUAUACAUAUAUAUAUAUGUAUUAUAAAUUUAUAUUGCAAGUUUAUUCUUAUAUAAAUUAUUAUUUUGUGUGUUCUCUUUACAAAAAUGUAUUUGCGUUAUGUCCAGUGAAUAAAAGCAUUGUAAAAGAAGAAUCUUAUACUUGCUUUUAUUGUUAGACCUAUGCGAAAUCGAUUGCUUGGUUAAUAAGUAAAUAUUACAUUUUUAUGUAUUUAUAUUUAUAAUUGCAAGAAAAGAAUAAAGCUGAUAUAUUCGUUGGACACGAUGGAAUAUGAUAAUUCCAACAGUUCAGAAUCGUCCAGCCCGGGAACAAGUGGCGAAGGCGCGGCGGUAUCUCGUGACAAGCCGGACGUACAAACGGAAUUGUGCCGCAAUAUUUAUCAGUUUGCGAAAGUACAGUGCAUCAAUUUCAAACGAGAUUCAAGAUUUAUUUUCGAAAUACCUAACUCAGAGAAUAUCGUGAAGAGUGAUUUGUACACGAUAGAGAUAUUGGUGGACGACAAGGGCCGUGGAAAGUUAGGAAAAUGUGUCUUACCUGACUGCAUCAAUGUGAACAGCAUAUUAUGGCAAUACCCUAUUGACAAUUUGAAUAAUGUGAAGCACUUUUUAAAGAGUUGCAAGCGCAACAUCGAUUGCUACUUUUGUCGCUUGCAACAGAUCAAUGAGCUGAAGAUUUUAUUGUCAAAGAUUCGAAACGGCUGCGUGUGUCACAACAAUGAUGUUACUUUAAUUGAAUUGACAAUGCACAACGUGAAAGAUGUUUACACUUAUGACAUUCAUGACGUGAUAAUGUAUUUGCAUUAUCACUUUGACGAAGCAAGACCUUACAAACUGUACGCGAGUACAGUUGCGAACGAUGUAGUAAGGUCGCCAACUUUUCAAAGAAGAUUGAAUAUGUACUUCGUGCCUUUUUUGAAGAAGGAUUUGAGUCCGGCAUUUAUGCAGGUUAUAAACUCGUGCGUUGAAUUUAUUUGGCAAAAAGUCUUGGUGGACAAUGAAGAUAACGUAGAAGUAUACGAGUGUGAGGAAAGAAUAUGUGAGAAUGAAGAAGAUGGGGGAUACGUGGAUCAAUUUCUUUACCGACGAGACAGGAGACUGAGGACGACGAACGAGGGUGAAAUGCCAUUCGAGAUUACUUCGAAUAAAGAUGAAGCGGAAAUUGAUACUUCGCAUUGA